AUGGGGCUUCGUCCUGCCACUUCAGCUGAUGAGGAGCUGAAGCCAGACCACGGGCCGCGUGUGAGCUCUGCAUUUGAGUCGUGUACCUCGAGAGUGCUGUCGAAAGGGCCAGCGAACGUGACAUUUGACUUUAAUCAAACCAAAUGGGAAAUGUGUUUGAACGUGAGUGACACUCCAGGAAUUCCAGACACGAAUGGAAGGGGAGUGAGUUUUCUUGAUGCUUUCAUGAAGCAUGCCAAAGAGAACCCAUUGAAUGGUGUGGUUCUUAUGAUCGAUGCUAGCAGCAGGCUCACGCAAGAACUUCAGUAUGCUCUGCUGGCUUUGAGGGAAUGUUUCAAUAGCUUGCUCUCAGAGACGAGGCUGAUUCUCUACAUCAACAAGCUUCCAAAUAGCUUCAGUCUCAAACAGCAGGGCAUCCGACGCAAUGAGGAGCAAGCAUAUGAACGGGAAAAGAAGGCAACGGAGGUCGCCCAUUUUGUUGCCAACAUUCUAUUUGGCCCUGGAAAGGCUGGAGAGUUUCGAAACUAUGUCAAGAAUGAACAGGGUUCAAAUGACGGUGUUGAAGGGCUCAAAUUAUUGAUUUCUCAGUUACCACCAGCACCUAUGGACUCCUCCCAGUUCCGUACUUGGUCAGAGAAGAAGAAGUACUAUGAGGACUUGAAGAACGGCGUGCUGGGCAGAGAGCAAUGUAUGCAAGAACUUCGCAAGCGGAAAGAGGGCAGAAAGGAGGAGAUCAAACAAAGCCUUUCCGCAACAUUCAAGGAAUUUCACAAGUUGGACUGGUGGUGGGGCAAGAGGUCCAAUCAGUUCCUGCAUUUUAUUGGUGCCCAGGAGGACAGUUUCGAGACAAAAAAGUGGCGGCUCGAGAACAAGAUCUCAGAGUUGAUGCAAGAACAACGGAACGUCGAUACCGAGAUUCGCGGGCUAAGGGAAAACCUGGAUGGAGACUUGGCUGCUUGCAAGGGUCGGCAGAGGGUUGACCAAGCUGUGCGAGCUAUCAAAGAGGAGAAGCAGAGGUGCCAAAAGCUCUUGAAGGAGUUCACAGAGUUGGAGAGUCAGAUCGGUCGAACACUUGACUUGCAAUCUGCCUAG